CAUGUUUUAUCCUCAAUAAUAUUGGGGCAACGGUAUUUAUGUUCCCGUUGUCACGUUUGAGUGCAAGCAAAAACUUCCGCCUAUAAACCACCAGACUCGAUGAACGAAAGGUUCCGAGGGGAAGGUUCAAGACGGCAACGUGUGUCACCUCGCUCAUGUAUUUCCCGGUUGAACCUUCCAAUGGACUGCACUGUCUUGAAGUUUAACCAUUGUGGAAGAAAAAUCUAUAGUUUUGACAAAAAUAAGCUCCAAACAGAAAACACAGGGCGAAAAUGCCCAAUCUGUCAGGAGCAGAUGAGAUUCAGCCUCCUCGAGGCACCUGUCAUAGUUCCGUGUCCAUUUAGUAAUGGACACAAGGUCCGGUGCGCCUUCCUCAUUGGAUCCUCACUGGGACCUGCUUUUCUCAGUGAAUGGCAGGACUCUGAGCUGCAUGUUGGAGUUACUAACUCACAAGGUGUGGUGUACAGCUACACCUCCUCAGGAGUCCAGAGAGAGGACCAGGGCUGGGAGCAGUGCCUCUGUGUGCCGCUGGUGGCCCCCGGGACUGGCAGCUUUGGAACAAUGUGGGACACUGAGCUGGAACAGUUCUCCCUCCUCUCCACCUGGUCACGACACAGGUUUGAAGAGGAGCGGGAGUUUGGCUCGUGUUGCUAUGGCUUUGCCCUGUCCUUCCUGAACCAGCUGAGGAGAGCAGAGGGCAGAGAGUCAGUCACCAGGGAUGACUUCACACAGCAACAUGUCCUGCCCCAUGUUAAGACUGCCUCCAAAUACAUCACAGUCUACCAAGAGAUCCAUCAACAUGGUUUCUACAUAGCUGAUUAUUAAGAUGCUUGUAUUUAGUGUAAUUUUCGUUGGGGUUGGGAUAAAGCGUAAGGACCUUCCGUUGGACCUUGUAUACAAUUGGACAAUAAAAUAAUAUUCUUCUUUUGCUAUUGUUAAUGCAUAGUUGUUGGUCGGCACAGAUAAAUCCUGAUGCUUUUCAUUUUUAAAAAGUAAUUUACUUUGUCUGCUCAAGGGUGUAAAAUACAAACUUUCACAAAAGCUCUGACGAAGGCCCGGAGGCCGACACGUAAGCUUGAAUAAAAGAAGUUAUACUAGCAA